UGGUUGUCUCUGGAAAAAUGGAUGGCAGCAAGUUAGAUGUGGAAGUGUCUGAGCCAGAAAUCAAAGACAAAGUAGUACAGCAAGAGCCAUUAAGGGAAUCUGACAAUAGCAUUUUGGAUGCAACUUCCGAUUCUCCAAGAGAGAAGCAUAUAUCAAUUCAAAGACAGCUUGCUGAUCUAGAAAAACUAGCUGAUCUGAGUGAGGGUGAGUUUGCUUCAACUGUAUCCCCGAACACAGAUCUUCAAGUUGGAGGUGUUGGGUUUCAUGUAUUUCUUGUCUCUGCAUUUUUAGCUGGAAAGAAGCCUUGCCCUCUAUGUCCUGAAGAGAAAUUUAAAGCUUGCUAUAGCCAUAAGCUCCAUCGCCACCUUCAGAAUUUGCACUGGAAAGUUUCUGUUGAAUUUGAAGGAUACAGAAUGUGUAUCUGUCAUUUACCUUGUCGCCCUGUGAAGCCAAAUCUCAUUGGAGACCAGACCUCUAUGAAGAUGGGGGCCCAUUAUCACUGUAUUAUUUGUUCAGCAACUAUCACACGAAGGACUGACAUGAUAGGGCAUAUUAAGCGUCAUGUGAACAAAGGAGAAACUGAAUCCAGGUACAUUGCAGCCCCUGCUCCUAAGUCUUCUCUUGAAGUGCUGAAAGAAGCAGACACAGAUGUACAAGUUCUUCCUAACUACUCCACACCUCAGAAAACAGAUUCCUAUUUUAAUCCCAAAAUGAAACUUAACAGGCAACUCAUAUUCUGUGCAUUAGCUGUUUUGGCUGAAGAACGGAACCCCUUAGAGUGUUUGGAUGCAUUUGGGGCCACUGGUAUAAUGGGACUGCAGUGGGCAAAGCACCUUGGAAAUUCUGUGAAGGUUACAAUUAACGACUGUAAUGAAAAUUCUGUGACAAUGAUUCAGGAAAACUGCCAUUUAAACAAGAUGAAAGUAGUGAUGACCUCUAAGGAAGAGGAUGACUGUGAUGAAGCUAUGGAAGAGGGAGAAGAAAAUAUAGGCACUAUUGAGGUGACAAAAAUGGAUGCCAAUGUCAUAAUGCAUUUACGAUCCUUUGAUUUCAUACAUUUGGACCCAUUUGGAACAUCUGUGAAUUACCUGGAUUCUGCCUUCAGAAAUGUAAGAAAUCUGGGAAUAGUAUCGGUGACUUCCACAGAUAUUAGUUCUCUAUAUGCGAAGGCUCAGCAUGUUGCCCUGCGUCAUUAUGGCUGCAACAUUGUCAGAACAGAGUACUACAAGGAGCUGGCAGCUAGAAUAGUAGUUGCUUCUGUGGCAAGAGCUGCUGCUCGAUGCAACAAAGGCAUUGAAGUUUUGCUUGCAGUAGCCCUAGAACACUUUGUUCUAGUAGUGGUGAGAGUUUUGAGAGGACCUUCACCUGCAGAUGAUUCAGCAAAGAAAAUUCGGUAUCUCAUCCACUGCCAGUGGUGUGAAGAGAGGAUUUUUCAGAAAGAGGGUAAUAUGGUAGAAGAAAACCCUUAUCGGCAGCUACCCUGUGACUGCCAUGGCAGUAUGCCUGGGAAGACAGCAGUAGAGCUGGGUCCUCUGUGUUUUGUUGCACUGUCCAGGUCAGGGUCCCUCUUUAAUACUGGAUUCCUCAGAAGAAUGCUGUUUGAAGCUGUUCAGCACGGCUUAGAUGAGAUUCAGCCACUUCUAAAAACAUUAAUCUGUGAAGCAGAAUGUACAACUCUAAAACAGUUUUCAAUCCAUGGUCCUACAAGCCAGAACAAGCAAGAAGAGUGUGGUGUAUUUAUUAAAACACCAGAUACUUCAACUGACUACUUUGUGGUACAUGGUAAAAGGAAAAGUAAUGAAAUGAUUCGAAACGCAACAAAACGACAAAAGGCUGAGAGCAAUGCUGAACACCCUGCCUUUUAUUAUAACAUCCAUAGGCACAGUAUCAAAGGAAUGAAUAUGCCAAAGUUAAACAAAUUCUUACAGUAUCUGUCCCAAGCUGGAUAUCGAGUAAGUCGAACCCAUUUUGAUCCUAUGGGAGUUCGUACAAAUGCACCCUUGGCGCAAUUUAAAUCUAUCCUUGUAAAGUACAGCACUCCCACUUACACUGGAGGACAGGCAGAAGGCCCUGUCCAGUCAACUGAAGAUGCCCAGUCUGGGGACUAUGUCCAAGCUUCAGUAGAUGACAAAUCAGGAAAUACCGAAGUCACAGAUGAUAAAUCAGGAGCCAGCACCUUGUUGACAAAAGAUGACAAUUCCAAUGAUAUUACUGCUGCUGAAAGCAAUUAACUGUAUGUUUUGAAUUCAGAAUUUUAGAGUUUUGCAACAAGGCAGUGGUCUUUACCAAACAGCACUGGAAGGUUUUGUUUGCCAGGUACUUUAAUGUGCGAACACAUUUUCAAAUUAAGUAGCAACAUUGGUGAUUGAUCACAGUAGGUGUGGUCAAUUUACAGUUAGUCAGGAAUGAGAUUGGAGGGCUAUUUACCUUUUUAUAUUCCACUUUCCAUUUUCAAACUGUGGGACUUCAUGACUAACCUCAAAUCUUUUUAAAGCCUUAUUCAAACUCCUAGUGCAGUGUUCAGAAAAGAAGGGGCCAAAAGUCUUAAGCAAUUUUGUGAGCGUUGCUAGAAUAAUUUAAGUAUGAAAGGGACAGUCAUUCCUGCAGCUUAUCCGGUUAGAAUUUUACAAGACGCUGUCUUAUGAAGACACCAGAAUGCUGCAGAAUAAAAUGCAGCACUAAUUUUAAUGAGUCAGAAAGAAAGUGUUGAUAGACUAAUUUUACUGCUAGAUAGCAAGCUUAAUUUGGCACACUGAGCCAUCUGUUAUGCUUUGCUUCUAGCCAAAAAGAGUAAACACAAGUGGAGAGGGGAAAUGAAGCUACAACCUUUUUUACUGUUUGAAAUUUUUAUAUUUAGCUAUAAAGCAAGUUUUCAGUGGACAGAUUUGUCACUUUAGGCAGCUGUUUUUCUGUUCAGAGAAUCUGGACAAUCACUGGAAACAAGGCACUGAGAAAUGGUCAGUUCAGUAGGAUUUAACAUGGGAAUCCUAUAUUCAAAGUGGUACAGUUUGAUUAAGUUAGCAUCUUUGUAUAGGUCAGUUCAUUUAUCACAAAAUUCUCUAAAUUAGCUUGCUUGUGAAUUUCCUUUUACAAGUCAUAAACGUAGUUUUUUCUCUUCACUGCUAGAAGUAUCUUUUGCUGAAUAUGUUGAAAAGACAUUGUGUUUGGUAAAUAGUCAUUUCUGGUUUCCUUAAAUAUAUAGCAUUACUCCAGUCCAACAAA